CUUUAGUUCUUCCCCUUAGUCUCUGUGGAGGACCCAUCUCAAAUGCAGAGAAUUUUCUCAGUUAAGAAGUUAUCAGACGGUUAUUGACUGUCGAUUCGAGAAAUGAAUAAAGGGCGGCCACCGGAGCCUCUGGACUUCUUCAUAUGGACUGUUGAGGAUGUUGGGUUGUGGUUGGAAGAGAUAAAUCUUGGUAGCUAUCGCCAAGUUUUUGAAGAUAAUGGUGUCAAUGGAGAAUACUUGGAGAGCUUGUCCAUGUUCACAACUGAGCAGAUUCUCAGGUUUAUAAGACGAUGCCACAUGAAAUGGGGAGACUUCAUCACGCUGUGCAAAGAGCUUAGACGCAUUAAGGUGGCUUGCUUGAAAGGGGAGCAAGAGGUCCGUCGGCCAUGGUGGGCUCCAUCCUGCCUCUCAGUAAUCUUCAUUAAAGCGGCAAAGCGCAACAGACACUCUCGGGUUGUUUCCUUAAAGCUGGAACCAUGAUGUGAAGUCAUAUUUGUAUGUAUUUAAUUUUCUUUUCUUUCUGUUUUAAAGUUUGAAAAAAAGGGAAAAUAGGGGGAAAAAACUCUUUAAGAUCUUUGAAAAUUAGGAACAGCUUCUGUCAGUAGUAUAAAUCUCCUUUCUAUACCUUAAGCCUCUGUCUAUUUAUUUGUGUUCUUUUAGUUGUUCACUUAUGAUUGUUCAGUGUUGUUCACUGAUCAAAGAAAAAGUCGGUGGUGGUGGUUUUGAAGAGCUAAUUGUCGAUUUCUGAUGGUGCCAUUGACGAAAAAAACCCUUCCAAAAACUCCUAUCAUUGUAAUAAUAUUCUCCAUUGGUUAAUGCAUGUUAUGAAUAGAAAGUUGAAUGCUGGAUUUUGUAGUACCA